AGCCCGGCGCCGAGGUCCACACCCCGCCGAACUCCCCGGCCGGGCGCUGCCGGUGCGCCACCCCGGCUCCGCCGCUUUCCCUCUGCGUCUCCUUCACCGCCCCUUCGUCCGCCCCCGCCUUCCCCCACCCGCCCAGUCGGAGACGCCCGCCGGGCAGGAAGCGGCCCCUCCCCGCUCGCCGGAGGCCGGCCUCCUCCCCUUCUCUUCCCUCCUCCUCUGCAGCAGCUGCAGGCCUCUGCUGGGGUGCUCCCUCCCUGGGAGCCUCAGCCGCCUCCAUGGCUUCACCCACCUCCACCAACCCAGCGCAUGCCCACUUUGAGAGCUUCCUGCAGGCCCAGCUGUGCCAGGAUGUGCUGAGCAGCUUCCAGGGGCUAUGCGAGGCCCUGGGGCUAGAGCCCGGUGGGGGGCUACCCCAGUACCACAAGAUCAAGGCCCAGCUCAACUACUGGAGUGCCAAGUCGCUGUGGGCCAAGCUGGACAAGCGAGCAGGCCAGCCCGUCUACCAGCAGGGCCGGGCCUGCACCAACACCAAGUGCCUGGUGGUGGGUGCGGGACCUUGUGGGCUGCGGGCUGCUGUGGAGCUGGCCCUGCUGGGGGCCCGUGUGGUGCUGGUGGAGAAGCGCACCAAGUUCUCUCGCCACAACGUGCUGCACCUCUGGCCCUUCACCAUCCACGACCUUAGGGCACUCGGCGCCAAGAAGUUCUAUGGGCGCUUCUGCACAGGCACCCUGGACCACAUCAGCAUCCGGCAGCUUCAGCUGCUUUUGUUGAAAGUGGCAUUACUGCUCGGGGUGGAAAUUCACUGGGGUGUCACUUUCACCGGCCUCCAGCCCCCUCCCAAAAAGGGUAGUGGCUGGCGUGCCCAGCUCCAGCCCAGCCCCCCAGCCCAACUGGCCAACUAUGAAUUUGAUGUUCUCAUCUCUGCUGCAGGAGGUAAAUUCGUCCCUGAAGGCUUCACAGUGCGAGAAAUGCGUGGCAAACUGGCCAUUGGCAUCACGGUCAACUUUGUAAAUGGACGCACAGUGGAAGAGACGCAGGUGCCCGAGAUCAGCGGCGUGGCCAGGAUCUACAACCAGAGCUUCUUCCAGAGUCUGCUCAAAGCCACAGGCAUUGAUCUGGAGAAUAUCGUGUACUAUAAGGAUGACACCCACUACUUUGUGAUGACAGCCAAGAAGCAGUGCCUGCUGCGGCUGGGGGUGCUGCGUCAGGACUGGCCGGAGAUUGACCGGCUGUUGGGCAGUGCCAAUGUGGUGCCCGAGGCUCUGCAGCGCUUCGUCCGGGCAGCUGCUGACUUCGCCACCCAUGGCAAGCUUGGGAAGCUGGAGUUUGCCCGGGAUGCCCACGGGCGGCCUGACAUCUCUGCCUUUGACUUCACAAGCAUGAUGCGGGCAGAGAGUUCUGCUCGAGUGCAGGAGAAGCACGGCGCCCGCCUGCUGCUGGGGCUGGUGGGGGACUGCCUGGUGGAGCCCUUCUGGCCCCUGGGCACUGGAGUGGCUCGGGGCUUCUUGGCAGCCUUUGAUGCCGCCUGGAUGGUGAAGCGGUGGGCAGAGGGUGCUGGGCCCCUAGAAGUGUUGGCAGAGCGGGAGAGCUUGUACCAGCUCCUCUCACAGACAUCCCCGGAAAACAUGCACCGCAACGUGGCGCAGUACGGGCUGGACCCAGCCACCCGCUACCCCACCCUCAACCUCCGGGCGGUGACUCCCACUCAGGUACGAGACCUGUAUGACGUGGCAGCCAAGGAGCCUGUGAGGAGGAACAGCGACAAGAUAGACGCAGGAAUUCCAGCCAUGGGCAGCCAGGAGUUGUUGCGCUGGUGCCAGGAGCAGACCGCUGGGUACCCGGGCGUCCACGUCACCGACCUGUCCUCCUCCUGGGCUGACGGGCGGGCUCUGUGCGCCCUGCUGCAGCGCCUGCGGCCCGGCCUGCUGGAACCCUCAGAGCUGCAAGGACUGGGGGCCCUAGAAGCCACUGCUUGGGCGCUAAAGAUGGCGGAGCAUGAGCUGGGCAUCACGCCCAUGCUGUCCGCAAAGGCAGUGGUGGCAGGGAGCGACCCCCUGGGCCUCAUCGCAUACCUCAGCCACUUCCACAGCACCUUCAAGAACAUGCCCCACAACCCAGGUGGCCUAGAGGGCCCUGCCAGCCAAGGCUUUCCCGGGACCCCCAGUGCUGUGCUAUUCCUUGGCAAACUGCAGAGGACCCUGCAACGGACCCGGGCCCAGGAAAAUGGGGAGGAUACUGGUGGCAAGAAGCUGCGCCUGGAGGUAGAGGCUAAGACCCCAAGUACUGAGGAGCCACCUGUCCCAGAGUCUGGUGUACCCCCGACACCCCCAUCCCAACACCAGGAGGCUGGUGCCGGGGACCUGUGUGCACUCUGUGGGGAACACCUCUAUAUCCUGGAACGCUUCUGUGCCGAUGGCCGUUUCUUUCACCGGAGCUGCUUCCGCUGCCACACCUGUGAGGCCAUGCUGCGGCCGGGUGGCUAUGGGCAGCACCCAGGAGACGGACAUUUCUACUGCCUCCAGCACCUGCCCCAGACAGGUCCCAAAGAGGAUGGCACUGACCCCUGCCCUGAGAGUCAGGACGUCCCCACACUGGAUGAAAAUAGCAUGCCAUUGGGGCCCUCAACUUCUGUCAUCCCCCAGGAGGGGACCAGUCCUGUCCCAAACCCCAGCCAGCCUACCCGCCGGUUGAUCCGCCUCUCCAGCCCAGAACGCCAGCGGCUGUCCUCCCUUAAUCUGACCCCUGACCCAGAACUGGAGCCUCCACCCAAGCCUCCCCGCAGCUGCUCGGCCUUGGCCCUCCAGGCCCUGGAGGGCAGCUUUGUAGGUUGGGGAAUGCCAGUCCAGAGCUCUCAAGUUGUGGCCAUGGAGGAGGAGCAGGAACAGAGUUCCUCCUCCAGUGAGGAGGAAAAGGAAGCAGAGGAAACCGUGACUUUGAACUCAGACACGGAGGAGGGACUGCUGACCUUGGCCAAGAACUCAGGCACCAUGAGCAAGUACCCAACAUGGCGUCGGACUCUGCUGCGCCACGCUAGGGAGGAGGAGAUGAAGCGGUUCUGCAAGGCCCAGGCUGUCCAGCGGCGACUAAAUGAAAUUGAGACGGCUCUAGGGGAGCUGGAGGCUGAGGGCAUGAAGGUGGAGCUGGCCUUGAGAAGCCAGAGCAGACCCCCAGAACAGCACAAGGCCCUGGGGCUGGAACAGCUGCUCCAGCUCGUUCAGAAGAAAAACAGCCUACUGGCGGAGGAGGCUGAGCUCAUGCUCACGGUGAAAGAGCUGAACCUGCAGGAGGAACAGUGGCAGCUGGACCAGGAGCUACGAAGCUACAUGAACCAGGAAGGAGCCCUAAAGACCCCUGCUGAUCGGCAGGCUGAGGACCAGCUCCUGAAGAAGCUGAUAAAUGUGGUGAACCAGCGAGAUGAACUUAUCCGCUUCCAGGAGGAACGCAGGCUCAGUGAGCUGGCCUUGGAGCCGGGGGCCCAGGGCUAAAAGAGGACAGGCUGCCUGCCCUCUAAGAUCCCUACACGGAAAACCACCUCACCCCAGGACUGUGCUCCCCUGCUCAUCUGGGAGGAGGCCUCACUGUUUACAAUAAAAAUGUUUCUGCCACAGA